AUGAAGAAACUCUUACACAUUCAUAAGCCUAUCAUGCUGGACAGUACCAACUUUGGUCACUGGAAAGUGAGGAUGCAACACAUCAUCAGAGGAGUUGAUGAAGAUGCUUGGACGUCUGUAGAAGAUGGUUGGAGUGCUCCUACCGUUGUCUUGGAAGAUAAGUCUGUUGGUCCAAAGCCUAAAGACCAGUGGACUGAUGGUGAGAAGAAAGCGUCUAAGUUCAACUCUAAAGCUCUAACUGUCAUAUUCUCGUCAGUAGAUGUUGAGCAGUUCAAGAUCAUACAAGGAUGUGAAUCUGCCAAGCAAGCGUGGGAUACGCUCAUAAAUCACUUUGAAGGAAAUACCAGUGUGAGAAGGACACACCUUGAUCACCUAGCCUCCAAGUUUGAGAACCUGAGAAUGAGUGAUGAUGAGCCGAUUGAUGGAUUCAUAUGCAAGAUCAGUGAAUUGGCAAGUGAAGCGUCUGUUCUUGGCAAGAAGUAUGAAGAAAAGGAUUUGGUGAAGAAGCUGCUAAGGUGCUUACCACCACGGUUUGAAGCUUAUAAAGCUGUUCUCACACUUGAUGUUGACAUAGAUGAGAUGAAGUUUGAUCAACUCUCAGGCAUUCUGAAGGUGCAUGAUCUUGAGAAAAUCGACCGACAAUCUACUAACCAGAAGAGCAUUGCCUUCACAGCUGAGUCUAAGGAUGAUGGUCAAGUCACUAAGAUUGAAGAGAAUCUGAGUUUAAUGGCUCGAAACUUCAACAAGUUUGUCAAGCGUAUGGAGAAAGGUGGUGGUAGAUCCAAUGGACGCUACCAAAAGAAUGAUGUUGAAAGGGGCAGCUCUCAGCACUCAAAGCAGGAUUCUAGCAAGAACACAAAGAAGUGUCAUGAGUGUGAAGGUUACGGCCACUUCAGAAGCGAGUGUCCCCUUGCUAAGAGAAAAGAGCAAAAAUGUAUUGAGUGUAAAGGCAUUGGGCAUACACGCAGUGAGUGUCCUAGCAUUCUCAAGAAAGAGAAGUCUCUUAUGUGCUUCAGUGACACUGAAUCUGAAAGCGACAGUGAUGAAGAAAGUGGAAAAGACUCUAAUGCUUACAGCGAGGAUGAUGAUGAUCUUGAGCAAGAUCUUGAAACUGAGUACAAGAUUCUAUUUGACAAGUUCUAUGAUCUCAGUCAUGAGAAUCUCGAGCUUCUCAAGGAGAAAGCAAUGCUGAAAGCUCAGAUUAACAUACUGGAACUUGAUCAGCCUUCCACUAAGGCAAAAGCUUACUCAAUUGACCGAGAGCCGGAUCAAGAAGUUCUUGCACUUAAGAGAGCGAUGACAGAGCAGGAACAAGCUCGUAAGGAAGCUGAAGCACACGUACAAAGGUUGAGCGAUCUCUUAGCCGUAGAGACUGAUCGAAGUAGGCUACUCGAAAUUCAACUAACUGAAAAUCACAAGAAGGUUCGCAUUCUCUCAGCUGGUACUGCAACUCUUGAUCACAUACUUACAUUGGGACAGUGUCCGAGUCUCAACAUUGGCUUGGGAUAUAAAGGAUCUACCUCAAAGGCUGCUGAAACGAAGUUUGUGAGGGAAGCUCCUAAUGAAGAAAAGAAACCUGAAGAGAAAGGGGUCCCUGCUGAAAGAAACGAGAAUGUCCUUCCUAAACCAAGAAGACGUGGAAACGGAUGUCAUUUUUGUGGGAAACGAGGACACAACGCUAGGUUUUGUUACUUUCGAAGACGUCAGUAUGAGAGAGCAUGGAGGUUGAACCUGUGUUUCACCGAACCAACUGCUUACGGUUGCGUGUGGAUAGCCAAACGUGAUCUAUAUCCGAACUACAAAGAGAACACUCACUCUGAACUAAACACCAUUUCUGUUAAGUCACACACUAAAGCAGAACAUGAUCUUAUUUGCAACUUUGUGCGAGUACAAGUAGACACAGAGAUCGUUAGUAAUGUUGCUUAUACCUCUGCUGAAGAAGCAUCACAAUCUCAACUUCCCUGGUAUUUUGAUAGUGGGUGCUCAAAGCAUAUGACUGGAAGUGAAGACUAUCUUGAGAAACUCGAACUCAUCAGAGGUGAAAAAGUUACUUUUGGAGAUGGAGGACAAGGCAAAAUUCGUGCAAUUGGAAUAACCUCCAGACCUGAUGUGCCUAAACUCUCAAACGUUUACUUUGUUGAGGGUCUCAAGGCGAAUCUGAUCAGUGUGAGUCAACUAUGUGAUGAAGGAUUAGAGGUUAUCUUUAACAGCAAGGAAUGUCGCGCCAUUGAUGCAAGAAACAAUGUGGUGCUGAGAGGUAUUCGUUCAGGGAACAACUGCUAUCUUUGGAGACCUUCAAACGUGUGUUUUAUGGCUACUGAAUCCAAACUUGAUCUCUGGCACAAAAAACUGGGUCACAUGAACACCAAUGGGCUUAGCAGACUCGUGAAUAGCAACAAGUCUGAUGCCCUUGAGAGUUUCAGAAUCCUUGCUCUUCAGCUCAAACAGGAUAAAGGAGGAAUCAUUCAGAUCAAGAGCGAUCAUGGCGGUGAGUUUCAGAAUGAGCAGUUUGACAAGUUCUAUCACAGUCAAGGUAUCCGUCAUCAGUAUGCCGCUCCAAGAACUCCUCAACAAAAUGGGGUUGUGGAAAGAAAGAAUAGAACAUUGCAAGAAAUGGCUAGAGCAAUGCUGUGUGGAAACAGUGUUCCAUCUGGGUUUUGGGCGGAAGCAAUCAACACUGCGUGCUAUGUGAUAAAUCGGCGUACCAAGUUUGUUGGUGACAAUAUUAACGUCAUCUUUGAUGAUAGUAUUGGAUUCUAUGAGGCUCUAGUAACACAGACAAUAGACGGUGUAACGCCAAGUUCUUCAAGACAAGCUGAAAAUGAAGUGAAGGAUGAGUCUGAAGAAGACAACGAACCUGAGAUGACCAAGGUCGAUCUUGAUCAAGGAAAAGUACACAAAAACCACUCCUCGUCAGAUGAGAUUGGCAGACUGUAUGAUGAAAGAGUUACAAGAAAGAAACAAAUCAACUUCAAAGAGAUGGUCAAGUUGGCGUGUUUCAUGGUGAAAAUGAAUGAAGUGGAAUGCUUUGUGUCACUUAUUGAGCCCAAGAACAUUCAGGAAGCAUUAGAUGAUGAAUUCUGGACUGAAUCGAUGCACCUGGAACUUGAGCAGUUUGAACGACUCCAAGUGUGGGUAUUGGUACCAAGACCAAAGAACGUAAACAUCAUUGGAACCAAGUGGAUUCACAAGAACAAGACUGAUGAGGAAGGGAAUGUCAUUCAAAACAAGUCGCGAUUAGUUGGACAGGGACACUCUCAGAUUGAAGGAGUAGAUUUUGAUGAAACCUUCACUCCAGUUGCGAGACUUGAAUCAAUACGACUACUGUUUGGUAUGGCUUGCAACCUGAGAAUCAAACUCUAUCAGAUGGAUGUCAAGAGUGCCUUUCUAAACGGUGUAUUACAAGAAGAAGUCUACGUAACACAACAAAAAGGGUUUGAGGAUCCACAUUUUCCGGAUCACGUCUACAAACUCAAGAAAGCUCUUUAUGGAUUAGCUCCACGAGCUUGGUAUGAUCGUCUGACGGAGUUCUUGGUACAAGCUGGUUUUCAAAGAGGUGGUGUGGACAAGACUCUGUUCAUCGGAGAAGAUGGAGAUGAUAUGCUGAUCAUUCAAGUUUACGUGGAUGAUAUCAUUUUCAGAGGAACGUCUAAGCAAAUGGUUGAUGACUUCAUGAAGACUAUGACAAAGGAAUUUGAAAUGAGUAUGGUUGGCGAACUGAGCUAUUUCCUCGGACUUCAGAUCAAACAACUAACCGAUGGAAUCACAGUGUCACAGAGUACCUAUGCCAAAAAUCUCAUCAAACGAUUUGGAAUGCAGACAAGUAAGACUGCAAAAACGCCUAUGAGCACAACAAUCAAACUUUCCAGAGAUAUCGAUGGGAAACCAGUUGAUGAGAAACUCUACCGAGCCAUGAUUGGAAGUCUUCUUUACCUCACGGUCAUCGGUUAUGUCACUCUCAAAAACAGUUUCCGAUACAUCUCACUCCCAAAUCGAAACAUGCAACCCACCCGAAGAAGCUCCCGAUUGUCUGAGAGAGGAACAUCUACUCCGGCUCCCUCCGGACCUUCCCGCAAACGAAUCCGGAAACAACGGCGAGAGAUCACUCCGCCGCCGUCUUCUCCGCCUGCUGCAUAUACGUCUUCUUCAUCUACCGACGACGAGGUUGAAGCCUUUCAACCCAAAGAGCCGCGUUAUCAAGCAAGCCGUGCUAUCUUCCAAGCACGAAAUCAAGAGAACCCCGAGAUGCUUCGUUCCAACAUCACUCCGUUCUCGAGUCGCUUCGUCACGAGCAAUUCGGCUGAGAGGUAUGAAAAAUUGGCUCCACGUGAGUUUGUGAUUCAACAGAGGUUAGAUGUGAAUGAUGAGAACUUGUUUGAUGUGAAACGGGUGGUAGUUAGGUCGGGUUUGAUCUACACUCUGAUUGAUAGUGAUCUGUUUCACCCUAAUGUGGUGAAAGAGUUUAUUGCCAAUUUGGGUGCUGCUGAGGAUAGAGGAAAUGGUGUUGCUGUGUUUCUUCGUGGGUCUAUGGUUGAUUUCUCGCCUAGCCUGAUUAAUGGUCUGUAUCUGGUUCCGGGAUUUGAAGAAGAACAUGACUACUUGCCCGCAGACAUUGAUCGAGUGUGCUCGUUUCUGACGGAUAAUCGUGUGCAGCGUUGGGAAGCCAUGAGCUCCAAGUAUUUGGCCCCGACGAAUCAAGUCAUUUACAAGCUA